AUGGCAGUAGAAGAAGAUGAUAACACAUGGUUAAUUGAAUUGGAGUCGGCCCUGUUAGAUGGAUGUCCACCUCAAGAAAUUAAUGUUAUUACAAAAGGAAAGAGAAUACCUGACAGUCUUCGCCCUGAUGUUUGGCUUGUGUGCCUUAACUGCCAGGAGGCUGGCAAUCAAUUACUUCAUUUCGAUGAAAUAUUUGAUUUACCAAACCAAAAUGAUCUCCGUGAUGAUGUAAAAAAAUUUGUCAAAAGAUUAGAUAACGAUGAUGAUGACAAAUUGGCUGUUAUAUCUGAUAUUGAGUCCAUAAUAACAUUUUAUUGUAAAUCGAAAUCAAUUUCAUAUGCUUCUAAUAAUGGCUGGAUAGAAAUAUUGUAUCCCUUAUUGAGUUUGAAGUUACCAAGAUCUGAUACUUAUAACAUGUUUGAAAAAGUGAUAAAGCUUUACAUUCCAAAAGGCUGUAUAACAAAUGGUGUUCCUUUUCAUAUUUUACGGUUGGUUUUGCAAUAUCAUGAUCCAGAACUAUGUUCUUUUUUAGAUACAAAACGCAUAACACCUGAGCAGUAUUGUUUGCCAUGGUUGAGAUCUCUUUUUGCAGUCAAUGCUAGAGAGCAGCUCUUACAAAUGAAAAAUGAGGAUAAAGCUAUUAUAAUCAAUACAUUGACUGGUAUGCCAGGUGAUUUAGAAGCAAAUGAUGUGUCUGAUUUUUGUUCAUUAGCCCAUUACUAUUCUUUAAAAACACCACAAUCAUUCCGUGAAGAUGUCUUAGAGGUAUUGUUUUCAGAAAGUGGAUUAGAGAUUAAUUCAAAACUAUAUUCUCAAGCGCUUUGUCUUCCUGUGGCUGUUCAUGAACUUAUAGAAAGUGCAACAGUAGAUGCCACAGAUGUGGAUAGUGUUAAAUUCUUUUUGGUGGAUUGUAGGCCAGCUGAGCAAUAUAAUGCAGGACAUUUAUCUACAGCUUUUCAUCUUGAUUGUAACUUGAUGUUGCAAGAACCAAAUGCUUUUAAUACUGCCGUACAAGGUUUAUUGAAUGCGCAGCGUCAUGCAUUAGCAGCUGGCUCUCUUGCUGCUGGUGAACACUUGUGCUUUGUUGGUUCUGGACGAACUGAAGAAGACAGUUAUGCUCACAUGGUUGUUGCUUCAUUUUUAAAGAAGAAUACAAAACAUGUCUCUAUGUUAGAUGGUGGAUUUGUAGCUAUACAUGAUUAUUUCGGCCCUCAUAUGACUGAUUGUUUGGAGGAUCACAAUGUUUCUACUUGUUUGGUAUGUGCCCCUGAUAAUAAUAAUUUAAGUACUGAAAACCAAAAACCACUAAUACAUGAUAAUAUACCUGCUAUACAGCUAUUUAGUAAAUUAUCAACAGCAAUGAAGGUAAAAAGUCAAGAAGUUAAAGGAAAGUUAAUUGAAUACAUAGUUAAUCCUAACGCAACAGUCAACAGUGGGGAAUGGCAUGUAUCUGCAAGUGACAGGAAGGAGCAUAGAUAUAGAAAUGUGCCACCUGUGUUCAGCAUUAAUGAUGAAGAUGAUGAUUCACAUUCUGAUUCACGAAGGGAUAUUAUGAGCUCUGAAUCUUUAGAAGAGAUUGUUGAAUUACAGACAUUCCUUAAAAGACAGAAUGUUGUUGAUUAUUUUCAAUGUCAAGAGGUUUUACUUAAUGGUUACAUGCAUGAUUCUUAUUUAGUUGUUACUGACACACAUUUAAUAAUUUUACGCGAAAUUCCUAGCAAGCGUGGUUUUGCCACAAUAUUGUCAAGGAGACCGCUUUCUACAAUUGUUAAGAUUACUGCAAAAAAGAGACAUCCUGAGUUAAUAACUUUUAAGUAUGGUAUACCUGAUGGAGACGAUCUUUUAAUAAAAGAUAUGGAUCGUUUCCUUAUACCUAAUGCUUCAGUGGCAACUAAAGUUGUAUCUAACCAGAUUGUGGUGCAAUUGGACAAUAAAGGUCAAUAA